AUGCUUGAUAUGCCACCAAUAUGGACACUGGCAAACACAUGCCCUAACAAGUGGUACGAGAACCCACCCCGGAACCAAUUUAAUGGCCGGCGACGAAACCAACCGCAAUUCUCCGGACCCUACAACGGACAGCAGCAGAUGUGGACGCCCAAUGACAUGCCACAGCCCCCACCCCCGCCUGAACAAAACAUGACCCAAAGAACUGCCAACAUCACUCAGACGCUUCGUCAACCUCACAUCACCUAUGCCAGCGGAAACAUCAACAUGGCCAUGCAUAUGAUCAAUGACUCUGAAAGCAACAGCACGGACCAUAUCUGUGAAGAACUGGCGAAGACUGAACUAUAUGUCGAUCGAGCCGGUGUGAAGUACUGGUACCAUCUUGAACACUGCAUUCGCAGCCCGAGUGACCAGACGGAACGCACCCUGGCAGAGGUCCAAGAUGACGUCGCUCGAAAUACAACCUCAACUGAUGACCGAUCAACCGAGACCCCGGACGCACUCUCAGGGGACCCUGGAGAGUUGGAAAAACGGGGGAAUUUGCUGGAUAUCUGUUGA